AGUGAAAUAACGCAGCCAGAGCGUGCCGAUAACUUGCGAUAUUUAACUGUUCUCAGACUAGCUAGUCACAAUGCGAGAAAUAGUUCACGUACAAGCCGGGCAAUGCGGAAAUCAGAUCGGAGCGAAGGUAACAAGACAUUUCUACUCUUAUUUUGGGUGAAUUUAAAUUUUUACAUGUGAUUAUCUUCAAUAUGUGGUAAAUUCACCUACUCGAAGAGCCGUUUUUUGUGCUUCAAGAAACUGUCCAGUUUCAGGAAUGGAUACAAGUAAAACUUUUGCAAAAAGUUAUAUAAUUAUGUAGUGUUGCCUUUUAUUUAGAUCUUUUGUUUUUUUGAAAAGGUACGUAUUUCACAGAUGGGCUUCACACAUGCAUAUAUUUUACAACUUCCAUUUUAAUCUAUUUUGCAUUUUGAUGGUUUGUAUUUUUAAAGAGACUGUCAUUUUCAAAAAUUUAGCCGUCAAAUUUAAGUUUUUCAAACCGAACUAAAAAUGAGCAAAAGAAGACUAUGAUUUGCUUCGUUCUGACAGACUUUUUUCUGAUCCGUAUUUUGAGAUCAUUUGCUUUGAUAGAAUGUUUCAUUUCCAUUUUUUCUUUAGUGAGCCACACCCCAAUAAAUACGGAUAUGUAUAUUUACUUUUUUGCGUUAGAAAUGGUAUCAAACUUCGACCACUGACUCUCCUCAUAAAAUAUUACGGACCUUAAAGGUUAUGUCACACGGGACGAUUCGCAACGACGAUUUUUAGCGCAACACAGCGUUGCAAUGCUGGAACAAUGUUGUAACCAUUCGAAACAAUGUCGCAACAAUGUUGCAACGCUGUGUUGCGCUAACAAUCUUCGUCGCGAAUCGUCUCGUGUAACAUCACCUUAAAAGAUACGAGGACGGCGACGGCGAUGAAAAGCCCCAGCGACGUCGCUUGAAAAAGUGAUAUCGCGGUUAUUCCAACUCCGGCUUACUUUUCGGUUGCUUUUUUGGCGUUUUCGUUGCCGUCGCCGUCGUCGGAUCUUAAGAAGGAGCUCAAACCAAAACGCCGGCGACGACUACGAAAACGUCACUCAAAAAAUGAAUUCGUGCUGCUUCCUCGUUCAAUUCGUCAAAUGUUGACAUUUUUUUCUGGAGUUAAAUUCUAAAAGCCUGUACCGAAGUUCAGGAAAAGAAAAAGAGAGUCGUUGUGUUGUGUUCGACCUCCUGCAACAAGAGGUGAAAUUAGCCAUUUUCACGUCGUAGUCGUGCAGUGUUAAAAAAGCGUGAUGCAUUUGCAGAGCUGUUGUUUUCAGGUUUUGCCAAUCUAAACCUAUUGCCUUUUUUGCCGCUCUCGUUGACUUCCCCGUCGUAAUUGCUUAAAGCUCUCUAAGGUCUCUAUUAGCGCCAUUUAGACGACGGAACUACUAGUAAAUACACAGGCCUUCUUAGACCGUGCAGUAGUUUGUAUAAUGCACGUAUCAUUUUAUAUAGCCUGCAACCCUUACUAUUAAGUCUUAUCGUAGGCGAUAAAUUACUUGUCAUAUUUUUCAGUUUUGGGAGGUCAUUUCAGAUGAACAUGGUGUGGACCCCACAGGAUCAUAUACUGGAGAUGCUCAAACACAACUUGAUAAAAUCGACGUUUAUUACAACGAGGCCAUAGGUAUGAACUAUGACCAAUGGCCUCCAAGAUCUUAAUAGCAGAACCCUUUAUACAAAUAAUGAUGGAAUUGCUCCUGUUCCGUUAUUUAAAAGACUACACAGACCCUGUUUGUGUACGAUAUUAGUCACACGUUUUUGGCCUCCUGAAGUCAAAAAUAUGAUUCCAGAGUUCUACGAUCAUUCAUAUUUAACCGCUCUGGCUGUACGUUGUUAUCACUUAUCACAGAAUUUUUUUUCAGAAUUUGACAAGACUACAAAAAUUUGGUGUUUCCUUAGUGUUUGAUUUUAGCCACUUCUUGAAGUGAAACUUUAAUUAUAAAUAUAUCGUCAGCAAAUCAAACGGCUGUUUAUGAUUCUGCGGAAAAUUAUUCUGUAAAUGAAUCUGGACUACAAUCUCCGCGAUCCAUGAUUUGAGUAGAAGCAGUACUUAUUAAACUGCGGUAUCCUAGAGAGCGCUCAGUCGACGCAGUGUUAUUGGGCGCGUUUAUUUCAAUCCUGCCGGGACGAAGAGGGUAAAUAUUCAGAUUUGCUGUAAGACGCACGUUAACUAAUGCAUCAACGAAAAACGAAGGCAAACAUUACUUUAGAAUGUUUACGGAAACUAGCCCAUCAAAACUCUUCGGUAAAAUGAUGCUUUCAAGUUUUUCACAAUAGGUAAAUUACUAUGAAGCCAUUUUAUUCCUGACUUAAAAACAGCGUUUAUAUCUGAAGGCUUAAGUUUUCUUGAACAAAUCAAGUUUCAAAAGAUUCAAAGCUAUAAUUAUAAACGCAAGAACUACCAACAAUUUUGAUUAAUACGGAUACUUUUGAAAUUUCCAUUAAACAUUUUUUUUUCCGAUAUAGACUUAAGAAUAGAUUUUUUUACCUGAGGCUUAUUUAUCUCAAAAACAAAUUCCCCAUUUGUUUACAUUUAAAUCGAAAUGGAAACAAUGAAACUCGAAAACUUGAACGGUAAAUUAUGCUUUUAUUCCCGUCGGCAUGAAAUCAAAUAAGUCUACAAAUGAAAAACAUUGUUUGUCAAAGACUUCACUUAAAUAUCAGUUUAGUCUAUAAACCAAUUUCCAUCGGAAAUACUAUUGGUUGAUGACAAAUAGAUAUAGUUUGUCUGGUUGCAAAUUAAUGCUCUGUCCAUUACGUGGGCAGGUGUACUAAGUCGGUCUGACAUCUAAACUUAUUGACUUCCCAGGUGGAAAAUAUGUCCCAAGAGCCGUCCUUGUCGAUUUGGAACCAGGCACCAUGGAUUCUGUUCGGUCUGGGGCAUAUGGACAGCUUUUUCGACCCGACAAUUUCGUAUUUGGUAAGGCGAGAUCGUGUUAUUUGUUUUGUAUUAUUUGGAUAUUAUUUUUAUCAUUUUUAUUUAAAAUUGACUGACACUUUUUCCUUGAUACGCCUGUUAAUUAUAUCAAGAAGGGAGCACGUGAUUGGUAACAAAUUCAACCGGAAAGAAUAAGGUUUUUAAUUAAUAUUAAUGUUUUGUGUUCUAAUUAUUUUUUUUUUUUAUUUUUUUUUUUUUCUCUCUUUUUUUCAGAUCAGGAAUUAUAACAAGUCUGAAUGUUAGGUUAGGAGUCUGGGUAAAAAUCUCGAGUUGGUCUGUUUGGUCUGGAAUCUCUUGGGGGACCCUUAAUGGUUAUAGACUAGGCCAAAACAGUCUUGAAAACCGGUUUUUUUCUCAAAAUUAGUGCGAAAAAUCGGUAAAUGCCAUAUAGGUGGCGUCAGAAAAGUCUUUGCUCAUUUUGGUCUGGAAUCUGUUUUCAGGGCCUGAACGUAUUUAUCCUUUCAAUUCCAUGAAUAAGAACACAGGGGAAAUAAGCGAUUUUGUUUGACUGCCAGGUCUGAAAACAGGUUGGAUUUUAGUUGAAUACGUCUGAAAUAGGGUCGGGAUUUGGAGAAAAAUACGGACUGAUUUUUGCAGUCGUAAAAUGGCAACGUUAAGUCCGUCAUGCGAAACGGACUCAAAGAACUACCGAAAUCUUUGUUCUGGGCCCCACCAUCCUGUGUACUCAGGUGGGGGCCCAAAACAGGAUUUCGGCGCUGUUUCGCUGACGGACGGCCCUAAAUAGAUGACUGGCCUUUUUCAAAAAAACCAUUGUAAAAGAAAUUUGGCGAAUCAGGUUUGUGGAUUUUUAGGUUGUUUCGUCUCCAUAUAUACCAUAGUUAUGGUACCAUAGCGUAUUUUAUGUGCUCCACCGUACAUAGACUUAUUUUAUACUAUUAUGCCUCAUUUCACUAUGCAUUUAUUUUCUACAGGCCAAAGUGGCGCGGGAAACAACUGGGCCAAGGGCCAUUAUACGGAGGGGGCUGAGCUAGUGGACUCAGUAUUGGACGUGGUGCGUAAGGAGACUGAAAACUGUGACUGCGUUCAGGGUUUUCAGCUGACUCAUUCUCUCGGAGGAGGGACUGGUUCGGGUAUGGGCACACUGCUCAUUUCCAAGAUACGCGAGGAGUACCCUGAUAGGAUUAUGAAUUCGUUUAGCGUGGUACCCUCGCCAAAGGUAUGUUAAUGAGUUACGUCAUGUUCAAUUUCGGCGUUUUUCCCGCCAUUAGUGACAGCUACUUGUUUUCGCUUCGAGUCCUCAUUGGUUCGUCGAAUUUUAUUUCAGGUUAUUUGAAUUUUAUCCUGGGAACAAUUCUGCGGCUGUCCUGGUUUAGUGACCUUUUCGUGAGGUCCUUAGUUAGGCACAGAGCAGGUCAUUUUAAUAUCGAGCCUUUUUUGUCGAUUCAAAUGGAUCGGGCAGCCAAGAAGUAAGGAAGUCGAUUCGAGGAGAAGCCCGUAUAACAAUGUAUCUGUGAUUAUUAGCUGGUAGUAGCCUGUGUACAGCCGUCCCCUCCCCUCCCCACGAACAAAAUGUGGAACAAGAUCGUGCGAGGGAGUAGUAUCUUAAACAGGACUGUUGAGUCCUAAACAGGUCUCCUGUGACGACGGUGAUGUCCGUCAAAAUGAAUUGUGUUUCGUCAUUACUUGCGAUCAUUAUUGAUCAUCUUUUGAUACGUUUCCUGUAAGCAUUUGACAUGUGCAGACAUGUGCGCGCGAUUCCAUACUUAAAUAGCUUCAGGGACGUUUCUUUGAGAGCGUUUUAUCGACUGAGAUUAUUUUUCCAUCACAGGUCUCUGACACAGUGGUUGAGCCAUAUAAUGCUACUCUGUCAGUUCACCAACUCGUUGAGAACACCGAUGAAACCUACUGCAUCGAUAACGAAGCAUUAUAUGACAUCUGCUUCCGGACACUCAAGCUGUCCAACCCUACAUACGGGGACUUGAAUCAUCUGGUGUCCGCAACAAUGAGUGGCGUAACUACGUGCCUGCGAUUUCCCGGCCAGGUAGGUCAGCGGCAACAAAAAGAACUGGCUGUACAGUUAUUUGACAGUAAGCUCUAGACUCGUAAUGUUGUUCUAGGCUUGACUGUUGACGGAAUUCUGUACGAUGACCAUCCCUUCGAAUACGCCAUUUCCCAGCCUGCCAGCAAGGCUCUCCUGGGCUGCCCCGGGAGAGUUGGCUCGCAGGCUACCCAUUUCCGAAUUGGCCCAAGCCCCUGUUUCAAAGCGAGGCUUAAUGCGAAGCUAUUGAUAUGUAAAUGAUUUUUUUAUUCCCAUGCGAAUAAAUCUCAUUUUCACAACAAAGGUUUUGCAGUUAGCCUGGUUUUGAAAGUGAGAGUUUUUGGAUCUCGGAAAUGGUCUAUUAAAAAAGCUAGUUUGUCUUCCUGCUGCUAUUUGAUUUUCAGUAUAUUGAAAAUGUAAAUCUGCUACUUUUCUUGAAAAUUAUUUCAAGAACUCUUUAAGUCAGUGUUACGAAGUUAAAUGACAGAUACAGAUUCUGAGAGACAAACAGGGCCCUAUUGUUAGAUUUCAGUGAUAACCUUAAUGAAUUCCUUACCUAUCCGUUCGAUAAAAGUUCGCAACAACAGUUUCGUGUUUCGUUGUAUACAAGAUAAAGAUUUUUGAAGGGUAGCGCUAAAUUUUUGGUUCAGCGUUAGAAAUUUUGGAAGUCUUUGAAAAAAUCAACAACGUAUAGCAACAAUGAAACGGCAGUCACGUUGAUGUACCAAGCCAAUCAUGUGGGCAUUAUUGAAUUCUUUUCUCAUGAAUGUAAAUAGUUCCUGACCACUUCACUGAUCUAUAACGUUUGCAAAUGUAUUCUUACCCCGUUUAAAUUGAUUUUGAAACUUUUAGCUGAAUGCUGACCUACGAAAGCUGGCAGUAAACAUGGUGCCAUUUCCGCGCCUUCACUUUUUCAUGCCGGGUUUCGCGCCACUGACCAGCCGCGGCUCACAACAGUAUCGCGCCUUAACAGUGCCAGAGCUGACCCAGCAGAUGUUUGAUGCCAAGAACAUGAUGGCAGCCUGUGAUCCCAGGCACGGCCGCUAUCUCACCGUGGCAGCGGUAUUCCGUGGCAGGAUGUCAAUGAAGGAGGUUGACGAACAAAUGUUGAACGUUCAAAACAAAAACAGGUCUGCUUGUUUGGAUUCUUGACGACGCUAUUUUUCACCCUGUCAGUAGAGCCUUUCUUUCACUUGCUUGAUUUUGGCGCACUCAAGAAAGACACUGCUUGAAUCGAGUAAGAUCUUUGCUGAGCAUGCGCCGCAUGUUGCUAGGAUACUGUUUCAAACCCAGGCCUAAUAUCGGCGUGCUUAGUACAGCGGGCUCGGAUAUGACCAUCGGUUUAUUAAUAAACGGAUGCUCGCACUCGAAAAAACCAGUUUGACGAGAGAUAACAAGAUUGACUGGUCUAGAAGUUUGGGCUGCGGCGACUCAAAGGUUUGACGUGAUUCAGGCAGAGCUUCCUUUACUCCUCCCCACUCAAGAAAACAAAAUGAGGCUCUGCUCGAAGGGUACUCUGUCUCUCGCAUAAGCUUAAAAUAAACAAUUACUAAGCUUAAUAGAGUACCAUCUAUUAUUAACAGAGAGCAGUAGAUUAGCAGUUACUUUUACAAUAAAACAGCAAUUUAAUAUUCAUUUUUCUAUGUGGCUUAAAUUAUUAUCAGUCGUUGAAGAGAGGGUUAGGAAUAAUCGUGCAACUCGAUUAUAGCGACUAUAGAAAGAUCAUAGUGACUAUAGAAACCAAGACAAAUUCUGUUUCAGACGAAUCGAAUGAAUUUCUUGGAUAGUUUGUUCCUGCCUGUCGUUUUAUUUUCGCAAUCUUUCUGACUCCAGUAGUCCAGUUUCGAGUUCGCUAUGACCGCUGAAUUAAAGAACUGAAGACGCAUUUUUUACAGCCUUAGCCUCCAUCUGAAGUAAUAUAUUCACAAAUUCCAACAAGAAAAAGACCUGUUUAUUACUCUGUCUAUAGUGUAUUUUCAAAUUUCAAGCACUUACUUACCGGAAUUUCUGAAUAUUUUACUUUACGUCGAGGCUAAACCUGUAUGAAUGUGUCGUUAAUGUUUGUAUUCAGCGGAAAUUUUUAAUUCGAAACUAGACUACUCCGCAUAAUGUUUCAGGCGCGUCACUGAACUCAGUAGCAGGAAAUGAAACCAUACUGCAAAAAUUUAGGAUAAUAUAAGUCGCAAUGUUAGCCUUAAAUUAAUUAUUUCGUUUAUCGAGAUCAAUUGUUUCUCCUUUUUACGAUUUCAGUUGUUAUUUCGUCGAGUGGAUCCCGAACAACGUCAAGACCGCUGUUUGCGACAUACCUCCUCGCGGGCUCAAGAUGUCCUCGACAUUCGUUGGCAAUAGCACUGCUAUCCAGGAGCUGUUUAAGCGAAUUGGUGAACAGUUUACAGCCAUGUUUAGACGCAAAGCUUUCUUGCACUGGUACACGGGGGAGGGGAUGGACGAGAUGGAGUUCACUGAGGUAAUAGACCUCUGGGGGAGGGCGAUAAUUACGUGGACGCGUAGUUUUGUUGCCCCAGUGUGACGAUACUCAAGGGAUUGUUUUCUUUGAUUAACCCUGUUUCUCCUCUUUAUUCGCAGGCAGAGUCCAACAUGAAUGACCUGGUGUCGGAGUACCAGCAGUACCAGGACGCCACGGCCGAAGAGGAAGGAGAGUUCGAAGAUGAGGAAGAAGGCGAAGAAGAACCCAACUGAACAUUUUAAAACUGAAUACCAAUCAGAUUAAGUUCGUUCUUCCUUUUUUCAAUUAUCUACCAAAAUUUUGGUAGCUCUUAAAACUGAUAAAUUUGGCAUUUGUUUUUGACUCACACUGUUGGAGUUAAACAGUUUCUCGAACUUUUUGCAAGUUUCGAGCUAAAACGCUGAUAGAGUGAAAGUGAUCAUGACGCAUUUCAUCACGGCCCUGCAUCAUUGUGUGAUCGGUGUUUAUAUUCACCGGUAAUACCUCAUUACGAUAACGGACUAAUAGAAAGAAGUAUGACGUCACGUUACCAUGUUAGCAAAAUUUCUGGUUCUUAAGAGAGACGGCCAUU